AUGGCAUCAGGCGACCGUUCGUUGAUCGGCCGGGCAUUUAUCGUGCUCGGUGCCUUCGACGCGAAAUCGCCGCGGUUGACGCAGUCGGAGAUCAGUCGUCGCAGCGGUUUACCUCUGCCUACCGUUCAUCGGCUGUGUGGGCAGUUGGUGGCUGAGGGCGCACUCGAGCGUCGGAGUGACGGCAAGUACCAGGUCGGAGUGCGGUUGUGGGAGAUCGGCGCUCUUGCUCCCGGCGCUCACGGCCUGCGGCAGGUGGCGUUGCCGUUCCUCGAGGACCUGUACGAGGUCACCCGGGAGAAUGUGCAGUUGGUCGUUCGUGAGGGUACCGAGGCUCUGUACCUCGAAGCGCUUGUCCCGCGUAGCGCUGUCACCGUUGUCGGUCGGGCCGGGGGAAGAUUGCCGUUGCACGCGUCCAGCGGUGGAUUGAUUCUCCUCGCGCACGGCGGAACCGAGCUUCUCGACGACGUCCUCCAGGCCGGUCUCGAGUCGUUCACUCCCAAAACCAUUACGUCCGAGCGGAUUUUGCGAGCAACUCUCGACGAGAUCAGACGCACCGGAUUUGUCGUCUGCCGUGAGUAUCUGAACGUCGGAACCCUUGCCGUCGCCGCUCCGGUCCGCGAAGCCGGCGGCAAUGUCGUCGCAGCGGUCUCGACAGUUGUUCCGGUGGAGCAGGAUCCGGCUCCGUUACUGCCGGCCUUGGUCGCGGCCGCCCGUGGAAUUUCACGCGGGCUCGGUGGCGGCGGACUUGGA